CACACCUCCAAUAAAUAAGCGGAAAACCGCUUUUAGCUUUUAUGACGGGGGCUGUCUACCGUAAAUACAGAGUUGCCAAAUACUACAGCUUUAAAACUGUCAAAAGACCUCGUAUAUAUUUAAAUAUUUAAUAAUAAACAAUAAUUUGUUUUGUUUUAUUUUUCGUACAUUUAAUUUUGGAAAAAUUUACCCUCUCUUGGUGUUUACUUACCUACUGGAAAGAAUAAAGAGGAGGAAGUAUAUUUUGAAAAACCCUUCAGUUAUAGGUUAGGUUUUGCGUUUGAAUGAUAAGCAAGCACGUGUAAUUAUAAUACUCAGCGAUGGAUGUUCUAUCAAGACCAGCAGAAGAAUUUGAAAAUGACCAGACCGUAGAGGCGAUGUGGGCUAUGAAAGCCUUCGAGCAUGCAGAAAUUUACUUUAACCUUCUAAGCUCAGUCGAUGCGAAAUUAUUGCAUCUAACACCAAUAGAUGAUUUAAUUUAUAGACUUUUCCGAGAGGAUUUCCCAAAGCUUAAUGUAGCCGUUAUAGAUGAAGAUAAUUUAAAAAGUACAGCUGAAAAGGCCAAAUGGAGGCCUUUCUGUGAAAAGUUUAAAGACAUUGUUGAAGACUAUAGUUUUGGCACUCUGCUGCGUGCAGAUGCCUCUAGAAAUUAUGACGAACAAAAUUCCAUUUUAGUUACUAGGAUACAAUUUUAUGCUAUAGAAUUGGCGAGGAAUCGGGAAGGCGUAAAUGAUGUGAUACGAAGCAAGUUUUCAAAUUCUGCCACCGCUGCUACAGUAUAAGCAAUUAACUUUUUGGUGUUGUUCAGUGAAUCUUUUAGUUUUUUAUAUACCUAUUUAUAUUUAGCUUUUAAGAGUGAAAUUUAGUUUACUUAAAUAUAUCUUGUGGUUUUGAAA